GCCGUGUCGUGACGUAGGCGAAAAGGGGGCGGGGCUCGGGGGAGCGCUCGCGUCGCACAGGUGGCGGAUCGAGACAACCAUGGGCAAGAUUGACGCCUUUGACAUCGUCUUCGACAACCGCAAAGAGGUUUACAGCCCCGGCGAGUCCAUCUCGGGGACCGUGACGGUCACGGUGGGCCAAAAGCUACCGUGUAAAGCCAUAAAGGUGAACUGCAAUGGUUUCUGUGGCAUCACCAAUAAAGUAAACGAAACAACAUGGGCGGUAGAGGAGCAGUACUUCAAUAAUACAAUCUCUGUUGCAGACAAAGGAACUCUGAAACAAGGCAAUCACACUUUUCCCUUCAAGUUUCUGAUUCCGGGCUCUGCUCCAUCAUCAUUUGAGGGCAACUACGGUAGGAUAGUAUACCGAAUAAGAGCUUUCAUUGAAACGCCACGCUUUACCAAAGAUUACAGCACAGAGAAAGCGUUCUACCUGUUGGACCCCCUCAACCUAAACAAAAUUCCAGACAUAUGGGGACCUUGCUCGUCUUCAGUGAUCCAGGAGUUCAGCUACCUGCUAUUAAAAACUGGCACAGUGAUCCUGAAAGCCCAGAUUGACAAAAAGGGUUACACACCAGGCCAGAUUAUUCAUCUGUCAGCUACCGUCCACAAUAAGUCUGAGAGGAGUACAGGCAACAUAAAUGCCUCCCUGAUGCAGAGAGUAACCUAUCAGACAAAAAGACCCGUCCAUGACGUGAGGGCCAUUGCAGAGUUGGAAGGAGGUCGAGUUAAGGCCAGCAAGGAGAUUGAGUGGAAGGAGCAGAUCAUUGUUCCUCCUCUUCCUCAGUCGUCCCUUGUUGGCUGUGACCUUAUAAAGGUUGAAUACCUCGUGAAAGUCAGCCUGAAGUCUCCAAAUGUCCUCUUGACGUUACCCCUCCACAUAGGGAAUGUUUCUUUGGACAACAAGUUUCAACAUCGUCUGUCUUCUGACCUUGUUGAGGAUUCAACAUCUACCUCAGCUUCUGCCAACGCAUCGUUUUCACCUUCUCUUGCCCCAAAACCUGCUCCUCGUCCUGCUCCUCGGUCCAGACUUUCAGAUGCCAAUACUCCAAGUGCUCCACCGCCUGAAUGCCACCAAGGAGCUGAGGGUGGUACACCGAUGAAUGGCAGCCUUACCAACAAGCGGCACUCCCAACAUGUGUCGCCAAGUGGAUUUAGUUAUGCUCCUGGCCUCUCUUUCUCUAACAGCCAUCAGAAUCGGUCAAGCACAAAUCCUGAAGGAACUCCAGGCAGUGGUUCCACAAGGGCCCCAGCUCCUCUUUCCAGUUUGAACACUGCUAGCCCAGUGUUAACGCCAAUUAGCCUUCCUCCAGACUACGAGAGCUCAUCAUACCCACAAGAGGCUCCUCCUUCCUACGAUGAAAGUUGUAACACAUAAACUGAGUGGAGGAACAGGAAACGUACGAGCGUGACAACAUCAAACGGUGGACGGCGCGGCAAUUCCUGCUUCCAAAUGAAUCGGAUUUGUUUUCUUGAAGAAAAUGUCGUAUUUUAAAUGUACCUUGCAGGUUGAUUGUUUCCCCUAAUACAUAUAUUUUAAAUGAGAACAGGUCAUUACGUAUAUAAUGCGGUUUUAAAUUGGAAUAUUAAAAGUGAAAUGGUUUCGUGUUCCGUUGGUGUCAAGAGUUGACCUUUUCCAUGUCCUGACCUGACUUUGAAUUACCGUAUUGUACUCUUCCGGAUAGAGGAAGGCAAUACCUCGAUACUCAACUGUAAUUUUUCUCAAGUCAUAAAUGCUCUGUGUAGAGAAGCUGAUUCGUAGCUGAGCCAUAAUGUGUAAUCAUUAAUCACCACGUUAAGUACCACCAAAUUGUUUUCAGUUUGAAUUGCACUAACCCAAUAAAACAUUCUUCCACAAA